CAUUCGUCUCCUCGACCGUCGAGGCGCACCACACGCUCGUCAGUCGAUGUUUGUUCGUCCGUCGGUAAAGGUGUUGCGUUGCGGGCCUACGCCGCGUUGAAAACAACGCUUCUUUCCCAACUCCCGAAACAACGCACGUCUUGUACGGUGUAUGCACAUUAUCGUUGUAUUUCUCUGACAGAACAGAUUGAAACUUUUGGUUAACGACAAGUGACAUUCAUAAAAGGCGUUCCAUCGAGUGAAGGAAUUGAAAAUAAUCGCUCUCAUACGGAGACGAUUAUUCCCGUGAAAUCGAAGCACGAUUUUGAAUCGUGGGAAUGGACAUACCGCGCGCCAUUGGCUACGCAGCAGCAGUUUUGAAACCGAACCGUGAUCAACGGUAAAAGAAUCGAUUUAUGAAGAGUCAAUCAGGAAAGUUGUCUGGAUCAUCGAUACAUAAGUCAGCCGAGCAAUCGAUGCUCUUGUAUCUUCGUUGAAUACUGAAGAGAUUCGUUCUUGCUGCAUAAGCGGAAUAGGGUCAACUAUUGUGGACAGCCUUGAAGGUAGUCCCAAGUUCGCUCGAAAAUAAAUUAUUUCUGACUUGCUGUCAGGGUGUUGAGUAGCUCGCGGGACGUUUUCGUCCGUUACUCGGUACGACCUCGUCUGUGAAAGUUACUCGGUUUCCGGGUGUUGUUCUCGACAGAAAUAUAUUUGACCAAGUCUUAUCGUGAUCUCGAUAAAAUUUGUUUGUAUACCUUUUACGAGUACAAUACAUUAUCAUAGAUACAUACGAACAAUGAUAAUUUCGAAACUGGAUAGUAAAAGGUAUAAACAAUUAUAGAUAAAUAUUUCUUCGACUUGUUUGUAUAAUUUACAAGCACAUAUAAAGUUUCCGUUUACCAGAUGUCAAACAUUAGCUGGAAGCAAUAGGGAUCAUUAAAUAAGAAAUCGAACAUCGCGAGUGCAUCUGGUGCAUAGUGACGGUUAAUUGUGAAACUUGAGAACUUGUCAUUGAAGUGGCUUUCUCGUCAUCUCGGAGGCCCAUCUUCCUAGAAAAGUCGCGGCGACGGAUGUGUCCAUGAAAACUUGCCAGAUCCCGAUUGGCCGAGAGCAGAAGACCCCGCGAGAAUCGUGUAGAGGUUGUGCAUCCGAUUUUCCCGGUGCCGAUGGGAGAGAGAGGAAAAUUCGAAGGGUGGAAAAAUGAUCACCGUGCCGAUAUCCGCUUCAAGUCCUUACAUGAAGGUUACGUCCUACAGCGAUGCGAGCGCCAUUGGCAAAAAGCCUGCAGUUCAGCAGUACCUAAGAGACAUGAAGGAACAUUCAGCCUCGUCCCGAUUUGAAGGCAGAGAUGUACCCCAACGGUCGCAGAGCAGCGCGGCCAGCCUGAUGUCCUUAGGUGCUGACAUAUCUCCUAGUUCUUCCCAUUUCUUUGAGGUACUUUAUCUUGGAAAAAUUAAAGUGGCUGAUGUGAAGGUAUCGGAGACCUUUACCGACGACGCGAUCGUACGGCUUCAUGUUCACGGUCUCGAGAAAUCGAGAUCGACGGCGAGUAAUCUUCUCGUCGAGUAUCAGCGUCAAUCAAUUCUCACGUCUUCCAAUAACAGGAGGAACAGCGUGGAAUCCAGCGCCAGCGAAACAGGAAGCAUAGAGAAUGUCUCAGGAAGCGGCAUCAUAUCACAGGUUAAUUCGCUGGGAGUACCGUCAACGCUCACCGGCUCCGUGGAGACCUUUCUAAAGCCGCAAAAUGCGAGUCUCGCGGAGAAAGACGAAUCCGAGGAAAAUCGGGACGUUGUGAACAACAAUUCCAUGCAAGUGCCAGAAGUUAUGCGCAACCGGGCGUCAUCUACUGGCAGCGUGUUGAAUUCUAGGAGAGGUUCCCUGGCGAAAGCCACUGACGAGCACAACCGUACAAUGCUCUUUCAGGUUGGUCGACAUGAUUUAAGAUUGAUCAGUCCAGACAGGAAGCAGGUGAUUCUGUAUAAACAAUUGAGAGAUGUGCAGGAGGCACGUUGCGUGAAGGGUAUUAAGAAUCCGGAACACUUUGGUUUUAUUUGCAAGGAGAAUAAUAUAUACUUUACCGGCUAUGUGUUCAAGUGCCAGUCGGAGUCAAUUGCGGAUGACCUUGUAGCUGCCAUUUCGCAAGCAAUUGUUAGUACAUGCGAUGUUCCAAGAAAAAAAGGAUACCCCGUGGUUUCGUGCGAACACUGCCCCAUGUAUUGGUACAACAAGUUGUGCCAGGAAAUCGAAGGACAGAAUGAUAAAAGCACUCAGAGCAUAAUUUUCUCACGAAUUGUACUGCUGCCUGAAGACGAACAGGAGAUCGUAGUCAACGAGUAUAAAAGUGCCGAGUCCGCUGGCGGCACCGGGACGACUUUGCGCGAGCAAAAUCAGUUUUUAAUGAGGCUGUUACGCGGUCACUGUCAGGCGAAACAAGCCAGACAUGUUCACGAUACGGCUGAGAACAGGAGCGAGUUUCUAAGUCAGCACUUAAGUGUAGGCGUCGGAAGCACAAUAUUCAUGAAAGCAAAGCGAUCGCUUACUAAUAGUUUUGAUAAUCUAAUGAAGAGGAAGGGUUCGCGGGACGACCUUGGUCUUAUUUCACAUUUAAAGGACACAGGUCAUCUUAACACUGUAAUAAAAAGCGGUAGCCAAAGCCCAGAUAUAUCGCGUCAUCCAUCCAUAGUGGACAUAUCUCCGGACUCCUCCAGUAGACCAAGGUCAUUGAGAGUUUCCCCUGAACAACAACUGACUGUGAAUACUGGACCAAAGAGUUCGAUGAUGGACAUUUUCCUAAAGGUAGGUAAUUCACCAAAAAUGUCACCAACGGAAGCAGAUGGUAACAACUCUGUAGCAAACAAUUCUUGGAGGCAAGUGAUAUUGAACCGUAUUGUAACUCCUAAUAAAGAACACGAGAAAGAGAACGAUAAGAUAGUAAAUAUUAAUAUCACGAAGACACCUCAAGCACCUGCGAAACGUAGAACGAAACAAGAAUUAAGAGAUCUCUGGAAAAAAGCGAUAAAUGAACAAUUGAUACUGAUUAGAAUGGAAAAGGAGAACGCGAGGCUCAGGGUGCGUCAAGAAGAAACAAUAGUUAAAAGAAUUAAAUUGGAAUACGACGAACUCAGUAGUUGUGCUCGUGAAUCAGUGGAAGUAUGGGAUCUUCUUGUUAGUAAAGAGUCCAGAAUCUCUACGAAAUGUGAUAAUCAAAUGCUGUUACAAGCUAUAAAACAAGGUGUACCAAAAGGAAAACGAGGAGACGUGUGGCAAUUCCUAGCUGAACAAUUUUGCUUGAAGCAGUCUCCAAUAGAUACGCGCGGUUUCCCUAAUUACAAUACUCCAUACGAUCGACUUCUCAAACAACUCACGUCUCAGCAGCAUGCUAUUCUUAUUGAUCUGGGUCGAACAUUUCCAAAUCACACGUAUUUCAGUUCUGCCUUAGGACCUGGACAAUUAGCAUUGUUCAAUUUGUUAAAGGCGUACUCUUUACUAGAUCAUGAAGUUGGCUAUUGUCAAGGGCUCUCUUUUGUUGCUGGCGUUCUUUUACUACAUAUGUCCGAAGAUCAAGCGUUUUUCUUAUUACGCCAUUUAAUGUUCCGAAGGGGUCUAAGGAAAUUAUACCUGCCAGACAUGGCGGCAUUACAGUUAUACCUGUACCAAUUGUCUAGAUUAUUACACGAUAAAUUACCAGCGAUUUAUGAUCAUUUUGAUAAGCACGAAGUCUCGCCUACAUUGUAUGCGGCACCGUGGUUGAUGACUUUAUUCGCAAGCCGAUUUCCAUUGGGUUUUGUGACCAGAGUUUUCGAUUUACUUUUCCUCGAAAACAUAGAUGUACUUUUCCGAGUAUCAAUGGCAUUGUUGGAGGAGCAUCAAGAUCAGUUAUUGCAGUGUGAAAAUUUCGAAGAAAUUAUGGAAUACUUGAAAACGCAGGUACCAGCUGUAGAUAAAGAAAUUCUGGAUCGCGUGAUGAAACGUGUGUUUCAACCUGAUCAUGAGAUCACGAAGCAACUGAACGAGUACAGAGUAGAGUAUCAAGUAUUACAGGAAGAAAUGGUGUCGGUCAAGUCGCAAAUUGAGAAUAUGGAGAAAAUGGAGCAUGUGAACAAACAAUUGACACAAGAAAUCACGCAUCUGAAUGAACAACUCGAAAUGACAGUGAGCAAUCUCCAUCGCUUGGAAACAGCGCGCUCGAUGCAACAAUCAACUCUCCAUAAAUUGGAGGCUCAAAACCGCAGACUCGAAGUAACCGUCACGACACUGGGCGACUUUGUCCAGCAAUUAUCUGAUACCCGUCCAGACAUCGAAUUUCCGGGUGAGAUUCGUCGAAUAAUAGCACAGUUGAGUCUCGCAGAGAAACGAAGGAAUGUACCAGGAAGGUCAUACCCGCUGAAAGUAAUCGAAGAUAAUAAUAGAUUUGGGAUGAUUAAGAGUAAUUCAACAGGGAGAGAAUCUCACAAUUACUUGAAGAAUAACAACGUAGUAGAAGCACCGUAUCCUCUGAAGUCCACAUUAAGCCAACCGAAUUUAGCUACCAAGCUCGAAAAGGUAUCUUCGUUCUUCUACAACUCGCACAAUCACAUACAAAAGCAACGAGCACAAUUGGCCGCCCUAAGAAGCGAGUACCCAAUCGAGCAACCAGUUCGAAACGACGAGAACGAUCCAAAGACGGUUAAUAUAGAUAUCCAAAUCACUGACACAGUGAACUCGAGCAAUGAGCAAAUUGCGCAGAACGAUAACAAUCUAAAGAUUGAGGAAGCUAAUCUCGAGAAGUCGAUCUCGCUACCAUUGAAUUCUAAAAUGAAGUUGAAAUCGUCGAAGUCUGCAUACGAAUUAGGAUCAGUUAAAAAAGUACCAACCACCAAGCUAGAAGAUACAACAGACGUCGAUGUGGUGAAUUUAGCGGGAACGAUGCAUCCGUUGGACACGUGUAGCGACGUGAACUUUAAAUAUGGUGGAACGACCAAGCUGAAGUCCAUUAAAUCUACCAGACUUCCGAGUCCUAGCGGACAGGAAGACAGCGUUAACAAGAACGCUCAAAACCAAAAUGUAGAAACAUUGAACAGAUAACAAUUACUGAUGAUGUUUCGUUCAAGGAAGAUACCUUGGAAGGUAACUACCUUGAGGAAAGUAUACCCCACAAACUAAUAAUAAACUGUACAGUGUGUUUCGUCCUGUUAUUCUAUCAUACAGAAUGUUCCAUUUAUCUUCGUAUGCGAGUAUUUUGUGCUAUUACAUAUAACACAGAUAUUUCAAAUAAUCAAGACAAAUGAAACAUUCUGUACGCAUACAUACACUUUUGAUACAAUGAUCGAUUUUCAUUUUUUAACAAACGUUGCCUGGGUGGAUUGUCGAUCGAACUGCCUGGGAUCCAUAUUUCCCCUUUUACGAUACUUAUACCAAUGAUUUUAAUACCUUAUUGCGAGUGGAAGAUUAGAGAGAAUGAGAGAAACAGAGUCAAUUUAUAAUAUAUUAAAAUACGACUAGAUGAGGAUAUUAGUAUAUAAAUAUAUAUAUAAAGAAAUUAGGAUGAAGCUGUGAGAUAAGUUAAUGUCUACUAAAAAUAUUUAUGUAUUUCACAUAGCGAGUAUUAAUUCUGACUAGUAGGAGAGAAUAUAGGGAACAUUUACAUGAAUAUAUAAUAUAUAUACGAAUUUGCCGAUUAUAAGAAAUUUGUUUAAAAUGACAGUAACACAAAAAGUUCAAUACAACUGCGUAGUACGAUAGAAUUUUUAGUGAGCUAUAAACUAUAACAUGUGCCGGUAUUUGUCCAUGUGUUACUGGUGCAAAUCAAAUUUCUUAGAGUCUAGCAAACCAAAUCGUAUUCGUGAGCAUCAAAGUGUACUGUAGGUUAUUGCAAAAAUAAUAGGAAUUCGUUUAAUAUUCAUAAUGGAUCUUUCGUUGGUAGCGCUAAAUUAUUCAAUAUUUUCAUGGUUGAAUGUUUACACUGUUUUAACGGUAAAACAUGAGUCAAACUUCUAACGCUAGAAUAACUAUAGAAAUUAUAUUAUUGUCUCGAAAAAGAAAGUUCCUAUUACUUUUGCGUAAACCAUCGCGAAAAGUGCCAAACUCAAAAAAAAA